CCGGAGAGCCACUGACAGCCGGAGCAGACAAGACCGACCAUGGGAGAAAAGACGGACCAGCAGGCGGAAGCCCGGUCCUUCCUCACAGAGGAAAUGAUUGCCGAGUUCAAAGCCGCCUUCGACAUGUUUGACGCUGAUGGUGGCGGGGACAUCAGCACCAAGGAGCUGGGUACCGUCAUGAGGAUGCUGGGCCAGACGCCCACCAAAGAGGAGCUGGACGCCAUCAUAGAGGAGGUGGACGAGGAUGGCAGCGGCACCAUCGACUUUGAAGAGUUCUUGGUCAUGAUGGUGCGCCAGAUGAAAGAGGACGCCAAAGGAAAGUCCGAAGAAGAGCUGGCCGAAUGCUUCCGCAUCUUCGACAGGAACGCAGACGGCUACCUGGAUGCCGAGGAGCUGAUUGAGAUCUUCCGGGCGUCUGGUGAGACCGUCACCGAGGAGGAGGUCGACUGGCUCAUGAAGGAUGGAGACAAAAACAACGAUGGCCGGAUUGACUUUGACGAGUUCCUGAAGAUGAUGGAGGGUGUGCAGUAAAGCGCCCGGACAUUCCUGCAAUGGUGGCGGCAGCAGCCGGCUAGGCUGGGCCUCUCUUGCCCCUGUGCCAGCCCCCUUGCC